AUGUCACCUAUUGCAGCAGCAGCUUUACCAAAGGAGAUUGCCAGUAGCGCAAUGUCGAAGAUCGAUGAAUUGAAGUCCAAGAUGUCCGGGGCAGACUCCACAGACUCCACAGCGCCAGCUGCGUCUGGCACGGGUGGCGGCGUCUCUGUGGAUGGCACGAGGAAACAGAAAGAGUCUGCGCAUGAAUACGAGCAUCUGACUAGCGUCCCCGUGGUUAAACAGGGCACUAUAGCCGACAGGUUGAAGCCUGAGCUGGCAAGUCACUACAGCCCCCAUUUGAAUGGCAUUGAGGAGUACCAGACACUGUACAAAGAGUCAAUUGAGAAUCCCGGGAAGUUCUUUGGCGAAAGGGCAAGAGAAUUUUUGAACUGGUUUGUCGAUUUCGACCAGGUAUUCAUCCCGGAUCCAGCCACGGGCAAGCCGUCGUUCGAAAACAAUGCUUGGUUUCUCAAUGGCCAGUUGAACGCGUGCUAUAAUUGUGUCGACAGGCACGCUCUGUCGUCUCCAAAUAAAGUUGCUAUAAUUUACGAAGGCGACGAGCCAGGUCAAGGUUACAGUUUGACCUAUAGUCAAUUGUUGGAGGAAGUUUGUAGAGUUGCCCAAGUGUUGACGAAUUCGAUGAACGUCAAAAAGGGGGAUACCGUUGCGGUGUAUAUGCCGAUGAUUCCGCAAGCUAUAAUUACUCUUUUGGCGAUUGUGAGAGUUGGUGCAAUCCAUUCGGUAAUAUUCGCUGGGUUUUCUUCGAACUCUUUACGGGACCGUAUUAACGAUGCAGAUUCUCGUGUUGUCAUUACUACUGAUGAAUCUAAAAGAGGAGGGAAAAUUGUCGAAACGAAAAGAAUUGUCGACGAUGCCUUGAAGGAAACUCCCAAUGUCAGAAACGUUUUAGUUUAUAAACGUACCAACAAUCCAAAUGUCAAUUUCAAGGAGAAUAGAGACCUGGAUUGGGACAUCGAAAUCAAAAAGUAUAAAAAUUAUUGUCCAUGUGAACCUGUUGAUUCUGAACAUCCGUUAUUUUUACUGUAUACCUCGGGUUCUACUGGAGCGCCAAAAGGUGUUCAACACUCAACGGCUGGUUAUUUAUUGGGUGCCUUAUUAAGUGUGAGGUAUACUUUUGACACGCAUCAGGAGGAUGUAUUUUUCACUGCUGGUGAUGUUGGCUGGAUUACUGGUCACACCUAUGUAGUUUAUGGUCCAUUGUUAUAUGGUUGUACAACUUUGGUCUUUGAAGGCACGCCAACCUAUCCUAAUUAUUCACGUUAUUGGGACAUUAUUGAUAAAUAUCAAGUUACCCAGUUUUAUGUUGCCCCAACGGCUUUGCGUUUAUUAAAAAGAGCAGGAGAUUCUCAUAUUGAAGGUUAUUCGCUCAAAACGUUACGUUCUUUAGGAUCUGUAGGUGAACCAAUUGCUGCAGAAGUUUGGGAUUGGUAUUCUGAAAAGAUCGGUAAAAGUCAAAUCCCAGUUGUUGAUACUUAUUGGCAAACGGAAUCAGGAUCUCAUUUGGUUACUCCUUUAGCUGGUGGUGUAACUCCAAUGAAACCUGGAUCUGCUUCAUUCCCAUUUUUCGGUAUUAAUCCUGCAAUUUUGGAUCCAAAUACUGGUAAUGAAAUUGUAGGUGAGCACGCUGAAGGUGUUCUUGCAAUAAAGCAUGCAUGGCCAUCAUUUGCAAGAUCAAUUUGGAAAAAUCAUGAUAGAUUUUUAGAUACCUAUUUGAGACCUUAUGCGAAUCAUUAUUUCACAGGUGAUGGUGCAGCACGGGACAAAGAUGGUUAUAUUUGGAUAUUAGGUCGUGUUGAUGAUGUUGUUAAUGUAUCAGGUCAUAGAUUAUCGACUGCAGAGAUUGAAGCUGCAAUUAUUGAAGACUCAAUCGUAGCAGAGUGUGCAGUCGUUGGUUUUAAUGAUGAUCUUACAGGGCAAGCUGUUGCAGCUUUUGUUGUUUUGAAGAAUAAAUCGAGCUGGUCUCUAGCCUCUGGUCAAGAACUACAAGACAUUAAGAAACAUCUAAUUUUAACUGUGAGAAAAGAUAUUGGACCCUUUGCCGCACCAAAAUUAAUAGUGUUGGUUGAUGAUUUACCGAAGACGAGAUCAGGAAAAAUUAUGAGAAGAAUCCUGAGAAAAAUUUUAGCAAAUGAAGCUGAUCAACUGGGUGAUGUAUCAACACUGUCCAAUCCUGGUGUUGUAAGACAUCUAAUCGAUUCUGUUAAAUUUUAA